CCGCUCCCACUGCGCAUGCGUGCUGCCGCGCGCUCCCGGCGCAGCGCAGGGUACUGGCGGCGCUCCCCGGCUGGGGCAUGGGGCGCGUGCCCGGGCGGCGCGAUGGCGGCUGCCGUGCGCCCCUCCUCCUCCGCGGGCUCCCCCGCCGUGAACGAGCUUUGCCAGAACGGGCGGGAGGUCUUCCUGGAGGCUUCGCGGCUGCUCCUCACCUACGCCGACAACAUCCUCCGGAAUCCUUAUGAAGAAAAAUAUAGAUUAAUUCGGAUUGGAAAUCCAGCAUUUUCCACGAGGCUGGUGCCUGUCAGAGGAGCUGUUGAAUGUUUAUUUGAGAUGGGGUUUCAAGAGGGAGAAACUCAUCUGGUUUUCCCUAAGGAAGCUUCGAUUGAGCAGCUAUGUAAAAUCAGAGACUUAAUUGCUGGAGAGAGGAAUAGCAAACUGAAUGAGUCAAAUGAAAUCCACAGAUCAGGAUCCUCUGAAACUGUGACCAGCACUGAGACAGUUGCACAUCAGCCUUCAAGACCUGCUGACUCUGUUCUUGCACCUGCCCAUCAGCAACCAGAAACAUCACUUGUGCAACCUCCUGAAAUGGCUGCAAAUAUCUUGAAAACAAUUCAGACAAAAUUUGAGCAUCUUGUGUUGAUGUAUGAGAAUCCUUCUAUUCAGCAGAAAGCACUAGCUUCAAUUCCCCUCCAGCAAUUGAAAGGGAAGGCUCAGAAAAAGCUAGCACAAGCUACAAGACUGGACAAAGGUGCAAAUGUGAAUGAAGAGGACUUCUUAUUGUUGGAGCUGUUGGACUGGUUUAAGAAUGACUUUUUUCAUUGGGUAAAUAAUCUUCCUUGCAGCAAGUGUGGUGGGCAGACAGAGUCUAAAAGUGACUACUUAUUGCCUACUGAUGAUGAUCUAAGGUGGAAUGUCAGACGAGUGGAAAAUCAUUACUGCAACCAGUGUCAGUUCUGUAAUAGAUUCCCAAGGUAUAACAACCCCGAAAAACUGCUGGAAACCAGACGUGGACGCUGUGGCGAGUGGGCUAACUGUUUUACACUGUGUUGCAGAGCUGUAGGUUUUGAGGCUAGAUACGUCUGGGACUGCACAGAUCAUGUGUGGACUGAAGUGUAUUCUUCAUCUCAGAAAAGAUGGCUUCACUGUGAUCCCUGCGAAAAUGUCUGUGAUAAACCUCUUCUUUAUGAGUCUGGGUGGGGAAAGAAGCUCUCCUACAUAAUUGCAUUCUCCAAAGAUGAGGUUGUUGAUGUCACCUGGAGGUACAGCUGUAAACAUGAAGAAGUACUCUCUAGAAGGACAGCCCUCAGUGAAGCUACACUGCGUGAGACAAUUAACACACUAAAUAGAACGAGACAACGAUCUUUGUCAGAAAAUAGAAGAAGAGAGCUCUUGGAAAGAACAAUUGUGGAGCUUGUUGAAUUUAUUUCUCCCAAAACACCUAACCCCAGAGAAUAUGGUGGAAGGACAUCAGGUUCAAUGGCUUGGCGAGUAGCCAGAGGUGAAAUUGGUCCAGAGAAAAGAAAAGAAGUACUUUUUAUUCCCUCUGAAAAAGAGAAGACAUCUAAACUUUUCCACCUCAUCUACAAUAUCGUAGAAGAUAGUUAUACACGGAUUUCCAAUAAUAAUGAAAAAAUAAGUGGCUGGGAAGCAGGUGUGUGGAAGGCAGAGUCUAUUUGGAGAAAGGUUGAAACAGAUUGGAAAAUGGUUUAUUUAGCCCGAAAAGAGGAGUCAUCCUCUGCUUCCAUCAGCUGGAAGUUUGAGUGCAAGUCAGUCGGUCUAAAAAUAGAUAACAUUUCAGUUAGGACAAGCAGUCAGACAUUUCAGAGUGGAAGAAUAAAGUGGAGACUUUGCUCUCCAACAGCAGAAAUUGCUCUGAUAGGAGAUAAAAAUCUUUGCUCCUAUUCAGAUUUUACUGGUGCAACUGAAGUUGUAUUGGAAGCAAUUCUAAAUGGAGGGGAUGGUGAAGCUGCAUGGCAACACACACAGCUUUUUAGAGAGAGCUUAACAGGAUGUGAAGAUAAUUCCUUGGAGAUAAUUAUAAAACUCAGUGACGUCUGAGAACCUGAACUGAAGAGAUGUUCUUUGGAUUCCUUGAAGACGUUAUACCAUGGAUACAACAUGAAGAUUUGGUUGGCAGUUCCUGUUCAUACUGCUGGGAGCUUAUUUCCUGUUUCACUGCUUCCAUUUAACCAACUUGAAACUGCACGUGUAAUGAAUAGGUAAACAUCAUAAUGAAAACCUCUUCACUUUAAAAACAAACACCAAAAUUAAGUGAUUGAACCAUUAAAUACCCUUUUCUUAAACUUUAUGAUGAAAAGGGAACAGUUUUUAGGAAGCAAAACAUGAUCAUAAGAGCACAGAGCAAUUGUAAGUGAUUUUGAUUUGGAGUUUUGGGGUUGGCUUGCUGGGGUUUUUUUUUUUAAUAAUCUACUCCUUGGAAAAACAGUUUUAAUUCCAUUUUGCUAUUACAACAGAUGCUUGUGAUGAUUUUAAAAUAUUUUAAAGAAUAAUAGAAGACUUAGACAUUUUAAAAGAAAAUUAUGAUUUUGUGUAAUAACCAGAAGAGCUGAAAUUAAGAUAAAUUUUGAAGCAGUCUUGAAAUUAUCUUGUUAUAUAUCUAAGUAUUAAACUUGUGUUUAAUACCUAGAAAUGUUUGGAAAUAUGAUGGUGUGCUAGGAAAAUAAACUGAUUUUGAAAGAAGUGUUCAUUAUGUACCGAAAAUUUAUGAAUGAUAUGAUAUGAAAUUUAGAUUUAAAAUUGAGUAAGAACAUCAGAAUUUUUUUCUGUGAAAAAACAGAUUAUUCAUUAUAAAUACUUUUUAAUGAUAUAAAUUAGAUUUGCCCACUUUUUAAAAGAUUUAUUAAGCAUGUAGGUUGAAAUCACUUUUUAAGCUAUUGUCUUGAGUUGCCUUGAAUACUAUUCCCAAAUUUAAUGUAAAAGUAUAUACAAUUUUUCUGUUCAUUAAUGCAAUGUUUAAAUUUCUUUUCAUUGAAUAUAAUAAAAACUGCUACCCAGAAGGUGUCAGAUGUAGCAGUGCUGUGAAUAAAGUAUGGAGUGAAUGUUCAGAUUAAAUAGUCUUUAUUAGAGAAUUUGAGGAAAGCUGUGGCUGGAUUGUACAAGAAAUUUUCUAUUACAGGACUAUAAUGCAAAGUUCAAACUGUAGUUUAUUUUAAAAUAAGUGAAAAUUAGGGAUUAUAUUCUUAAGAUCAGUGUUUUUAAGGCCUUUUGUUCCUUUUUCUGACCCUUUCAACCACUGUAUUGAUUUGAAAAGAUUGUCAAAAAUAAUUUACAUUGAAAGAAAUGUUUGCUGACCUUUCAACAAAUCUAAGCAAAUAUAAGACUAUUCAGAUUUUAUUAGGAAACUGCAUAUGCACAUUGAGCAUAGGCAUCAAAAUUAUGCCACAGGCAUCUUAAAAGGUAGCAGUUGAUGGCAGCUCGGGAGUGACAGGAUGAUGUAUGAUGGAUUAUAUACUUUGCUUCAGAAUGUAAAUUGACAGUUUAUGAGGGGGAUUAGAAAGAGAUAGUCUCACUCACUUAAUACAGAACAACACAGUGACAGGGAACUGUAUGGAAGGGUGUUCACUGACACUUGACUGAUGCAAAGGGAAUUUGCUAGUCUCCAUUCAAAACUCCUCCUGUAUUUAGUUUCAGCUAAAUGCUAGUUCUGAGGUUUUGAGUGGGAACCCAAUAGAAAAGUAUUUUAGACUAAUCUGUAUACUACGUUGGAAGAAAAAAGGCAAAAAAAGACAACUUAGUGACACCAAUGAACAAAAAUGUUUCCGCUUCAUAAUUUUGAUAGCUGAAAAAGAUACUGCUUUAAGACAGAAAUUAUUUCUUGCCUUCUAUUUCUUAAAAUAGAGGACUAGGAGGAAUUGCAGAACAGCUUAACUGUAUUUGAUAAUUUGAAAGCAGGAGGCAGAAUAAAUUUAAAAGUAGUAAGAUAAAAGUAAUUUUCUCACAAUUUUGGUCAGAAUCUGUGGGGGAAGAGUAAUAGCUGCAGAUAACUUAAUAAAAUCAUCCACUCAAAUGGUAGAGUAGUCAAAGUCCAUUAUUAAAAUGUUUGAAUGAGUUAAAAAGAUUGAAAAAUGCCUCACCCAUCUAAUCUAUCAAGAAGUACUUCUGUAUUUGUAAGAUCACAUGCAGUGAAUAAAAGUGCUUAUUUUAGGAAAGAACGAGUAAAAACCUUGGACUGAAUAGAACUAAUCUGAAAAAGUUAAAUGGAACUCCUCCAGGUGUAUUUUAGAGUACCCUAUAAACAGUGAACAUUUUUAAUCCUUUCCUGCAUAAGCUGUUUUAAAGGCACUAAUUUUCUCUGUUGGUCUCUAUUUCAGUGCAACUCUUAAUACAUUUUUAAUUAUUUUUUGAAACCAGAGGUAAUUCCUCAUCAACAGUUGCUUAAUAAUAACUUACAGUAUCCUGAAUUUGCAAUAUUAUACUGCAAAUAUAAUAUAAUGGAAAUUAUAUUAUAUUAUAGUGGAAAGAUCUGUGCUGCAAUGUGCUCUAAAAGUAUGGAUAUUAAGUUAUACUGGCAAUGAUGUGAUACUGGUUGAGUUGUAGGAGAUCUUGAUCAGGGCAUAAGUAUCUAAAAGUCAGUGCUUACUCAGCUUCUUAGAAGUUUGAGGAGGGGGAGGUUAAAUGGGGGAAGAAAAAAUACUGUUGCCUAGAAAUGUAUGGCUUAAUGUCAAUAUAGGUAAAACCAGCAAUGUUUUCUAGAAUUCAGUUUUGUCUGCUGCAUUUUACAGAAUUACCAGCUGUCCAGUGUGCCAUGGGUGCUUGCCAAAGUUGCACUGAGAUGUAACAGUGAAAUCUUUUCAAUCAAAUUUUAUAUAUAUACUAUACUAUCCAAUUAAUGCUUGCAAAUUGAUUCUGGAGUGCAUGGUUUCCAACAGAACUAUGUGGGAGCCUGUGCACAGAAUUCCUCCUUUCAAACAAAUACUUGUUUUACUGCACUGUUGUCUCUCUACAGUUGAUCAUACAGCUGUUUGUUUCUUCAUACCCUGUUUUGACUCUGAAUGCUGCAUACAGAAUACCAACCACUAGUGGCAACCCACAAAAUUGAAGUAGUAAUUUCCUACACCCCAGGAAGUUGCUGGGAAAAUGUAUAUUUAAAACAUAUGAAGGAAGCCCCUUGUAGGCAGUGUAGAGAGAAAGCACAGGUAUACAUGAAUCAAGCAAACUUGCGUAUGAAUUAUAUACUUGCACUGAGAAGUAGGUAAUAAAAAUUAUCUCAUCUGA